AUGAUUAAAACCCACAAAAGCAGAUGUGAAAGUUCUGACGUUUUGCUCCCAGAAUUUGUAUAUCCACUCUUUAACAGAUCCUCUGCUGAAGACACUGACCGACAAAUCAAGAUAAAUGCACUAGGAAUAAAAAUGACUACCCCAACUCAACCUCAUCUGGCAAUAGUCAAUCCUCCGCCACCAAAAUAUAUCAAUGCCCAAGGAACUGGCCGUUUAACAAAUCAGCUUCAAUAUCUGCAGAAGGUGGUCAUGAAAGCCAUGUGGAGGCAUAGCUUUUCCUGGCCAUUUCAUCAACCUGUAGAUGCUGCAGGUUUGAAACUUCCGGAUUAUUAUAAUAUUAUUAAAAACCCAAUGGACUUGACCACUAUUCAGAAACGCCUGGAGCAUAACUAUUACACAUGUGCAGCGGAAUGUAUUGAAAACUUUAAGACAAUGUUUGCAAACUGCUAUUUGUACAAUAAGCCAGGUGAUGACAUUGUUUUCAUGGCUCAGGAGCUAGAAAAAGUCUUUAUGCAGAAAAUAGCACAAAUGCCCCUGGAAGAGAAAAUAAUUGUGAUCAAUCAAGGAAAAAGAAAGAGGAAAACUACAGAGGUUGCUGAGCAAUCUGAUGCAGGUAUCCCACAAGCUAAGCAAAGUCAACAACCAAAGCCACCUAGGAAAGUUAGGCAGUUUCGGAUGACAAUGCUGCAGCAACAUACCCCAGACCCUUCACCUGAAACUGAAUCAACAAAUGUAAUGUCAGCCACUGAAACAGGAACUAAAGGUGUGAAACGGAAGGCCGAUACCACUACUGCAAUCCUCACAGCAAGCAGUGAAUCUUCUCCUGCACCAAACGAACCCAAAAUUUCAAAGAUCUCCUCCAGAGAAGUAUCUGAAGAAGAGCUUGCAACAAAGAGAGGCUUGCCGGAUUCCCAGCACCCACCUGAACCCAUAAAAAAUAUUAAGCUAACAGAAUCAUUGAAAUACUGUAAUGAGAUCCUUACAGAAAUGUUUUCAAAGCAGCAUGAAGCUUAUGCUUGGCUUUUUUAUAAACCGAUAGAUGUUACAGCCCCAGGGCUUGAGGAUUAUAAUGAUGUUGUGAAAUGUCCUAUGGAUCUUGGAACAAUUAAAAAGAAAAUGGAAAACAAUGUGUAUAAAGACACACAAGAAUUUGCCGCUGAUAUUAGGCUAAUGUUUAUGAACUGCUACAGAUACAGCUCUCCUGACCAAGAGGUGGUGACUAUGGCAAGGAAACUUCAGGAUGUCUUUGAGAUGCACUUUGCCAAAAUUCCAGAUGAACCAACAUCCCAUAAGCCUGUCCUGUACUCCACUGCAAGGCCAAUGGUAUCUAUUUCUAGUGAAAGCAGCAGUGGUACCUCUUCUGAGGACUCGGAUGAAGAAAGAACAAGACGUCUCACCGAGCUUCAGGAUCAGCUUAAGGCUAUUCAUCAACAGUUGCAAGCUUUGGCUAAAACUGCAUUGCCCAGAAUGAAAAGGAGAAAGAAAGGAAAAUCUCAGAAGGAUAAAAGAAAAAACAAAGUCAAAAACAAGUAUGAGCGUCAAAAGAAGAGAAAGAUGAAGCAAAUGAAGAGACUGAAGAAGAAAAUGUCUUUGAACAUUUGUUCAAAGAAAAUCAAGCAGCAAGAGGAGCCAACGUACAAGUCUGAAGAUGACGAAAGUGCCAAGCCUAUGAGUUACGAUGAAAAGAGGCAGUUAAGCUUGGACAUAAAUAAACUCCCGGGAGAGAGGCUUGGCAGAGUGGUCCAUAUUAUUCAGUCAAGGGAACCUUCACUGGGACACUCAAAUCCGGGUGAAAUAGAAAUAGACUUUGAAACUCUCAAAGCAUCAACAUUAAGGGCACUGGAGAAAUACGUAAUGGCUUCUUUGAGAAAAAAGCCCAAGAAACAUUAUGCCAAAAAAUCAAAGGAGGAAUUUAAUUUUGAGAAGAAGCAAGAAUUAGAAAGGAGGCUGGUGGACGUCAGUGGACAACUUAGCUCUACGAAACUGAGUACAUUAUUUUGUUGUAUUCUCUCCAAUUUUGCAGCUGAAAAUAACGCUGCACCAAUGAGCAUUGGAGGACCAAGCCGACUGAGUGAAAGCAGCAGUAGCAGCAGUUGUAGCAGUAGUACCUCCUCUGACUCAGAAAGCACCAGUGGAAAUUCCAGCUCUUCAGAUAGCAGUGAUUCUGAAUCAGAAACAUGUUUAAACCAAAAUGGAAAUGGGAAAAGAGGUCUGUUUUGCAGAGAACAACUUAAGCUGCCACUGCUCCAUUCAAGGACCUCCAGCAAUAUUGUUUCCCAAGUUCAAAGCGUUUCAUAUACUAGCAAACAGUCUCCAAGACCAACAGGAGCAAGAUUCCACCAGCAGAUAUUGCAGCACUCCCAGAUGCUGCAGCGUAGCCCUCUAAAACUUCGAGAGCAACACACCCUUUCACCCGCAGGUAUAGUGGCUGUUGUGUCUCCUCUGCCCUGCACUCCUGUUCAAGAAGCAUCUCCAAAUGACUUACUGGACACUCAUCAACCUAUUAUCUCACCUGGUCACUUACUUCCACAGGUUUCUUGUUCUUCCUCCCCAAAUAUCCCACUGGGUGAUACCAAAGAAAUUGUGAAAAAGUCAUUUCAUCAAACACAACCAUCUCCUGCCUGCACUACAGCCUCCAUAGCAUCUACUGACUCAUAUCCUAUUAAUCAACAGAAAAAACCAAAGAAUAGUUUUCCAGAUGGUCUGUGUGGGCAACGUAUGACUGAUUCUACACAUGCCACUGUUUCAGCGAGCUGCUCUGAUAAAUGUGAGGGAGAGAAAAAAAGAGAUGCUAAACCUCAAAUUCCUAUAGCAAAGGACAUAAAAGUCAAGCAUGCAGAGUCUUGGACAAAUUUAGGUAAAAUAAUACCUGCUCCAGCCCCAAUCAAAUCCUCCAGCGAAAGUUUCAGGCAGUUCCAAAAAGCAGCACUAGAAAAAGAAGAAAGUGAGUGGGCAAAGGAGAGAAGAAGACAAUUGGAGCAAGCUGAGAGGAAACUGAAAAAUCUCCCACAGGAAAAAGAGAGAAGCAAUGGACAGACAAACCCAAAACCCACUGCAGUAAAGGAACAUUCUUCACCUGCAAAAGGAGAAACAUGUAUCAAAGAGAAACUGUGUUUACCACAGAGUUUUAUUGUGGACCGUAACUUAGCAAGAAAAAUGGAACAAGAACGCAGGAGGAGAGAAGCACUUACCGGCACCAUUGACAUGACCUUGCAGAGUGACAUUAUGACAACAUUUGAAGAAAACCUAUAUUGAGAAGAAAGUCAACAUGGAUUCCAGAAAACA